AUGGACCGGUAUCAAGACAAGCCAAAGCCCAAAUCGCGACCGGUUUCGGCAAUUAUAUCAACCACGACAACAAAUGUCACUUCCCAUGACCAUGCGUCGCUCUCCCUGCCCUCAUCUGCAACGCAACUAACACAAUUAACUUCACAACAAACCUCACAAGCACAACCGACUUCAAACCCCACCCAUCUUCUACGCAGCUCUAAAACAAAGGCAGAACUGCUGAAACAUUUACAGCCACCACCUCAGAUCUCAUUAGAGAAGGCAUUGAGAAAACCACCUGUGCAAAUCACAAAGAAGGAUAUUCUCAGAAAUGAUCUGCGUGCUGCUGCUGCUGCUGCUACUACUACUACUGCUGCUACCGUUAGUGCUGAUUCCUUGAAAAUCAACCAGCCCAACCACGAUCGGGCUGAAUUACAAUUUCUCAUUUCAAUCUAUGCUCCCGGACUUCGCCCGUUGCGUGAUACGAGCUUGGCUGAACGAUUGAAAAGUCGGCUUCCAAAUAUGGUGGAAAACCAGGAUAUCAACUUGUCGCUACAUUUGUUUCUAUCGACAAUCAUGGUGAAAUAUGUAAAUCUGUGGUAUUUAACGAAAUUGAACACCAAAAAUCUCGAUUUCCCAAAAGCCGUCUAUGAUGAUAUUUUGGUUCCUACGGUGAGAGAUGCAGCAAAGAGGAUUGAAUGUACAAGUGGCUGCGAUUUAUUGUCCUUGAUGGAUGAUUUGGCUCUGAUAUUGAAUACACAUUUGGAAGACUUUGUUGGGGAUGAGAACGGGAAGUAUCUGUACAAGGUACUUCAUGACUAUUACCAUUUGGCUGAGACUGAAAAUAGUUUAUUCUAUGACCCCUCCAAGGAUCCAAAGGACAUACUUGAAACUUGUCUUGCACAGAGACACGCCAUAUUUGAGAAGAUAGGGAUUGGAAAAGAGAACCAGAUGUUGCUCUACUUCCGAGUCAUGGUGAAGCUGAUUCUUGAAAAAGUAAUAGAGAAUAGCACGAAAGAUCCAAUCUUCACCUCAAAGAUAACCAGCGAUUUGCUAAUUUUGAUACUUGGUGAUUUAGUAAUGAGCCAAAUUUUCAAAAAGGUUUCGUCCCUGGAAUUCAUAUUGAGUUCGAUAAAUAACGCAGUAUUGGGAUUGUUAUCGGUGAUGAAGGUGCGAGAGGAAACCAAGGUCCUGGCGGCUAGUUACCGGCAAUCGACAAUUUCCACCAUCGCUGCAUUUUUAUACACCACGUAUCUACAGAUUGGAUUAUUUGUUCUGGCCGUUAGUUUGUCUUCUGGGUACGACGCACCCUUUGAUGUGAUAAACUCCUCAGUUCUUGUACUUGCGGGAACAAUCUUAUCCCUCAGACAAACACGACCAUUGCUACAUAACUUCGUGUCGUCACUAAAGUGUAUGAUUUUGAGCUUCCCAGGGUUGAAAAAUCGCCUCAACAACGUGGCCCUGAAUUACUUACUAGGCAAUUUGAGGAGGAGUUUAACAACCGAAGCAAUUUGCAAAAUCACUAACCAAUUGAGAUUAGCUCUAUUUUACCCAGAGAGCAAAGAUGGACAGAAACACGAACUUACUGUUACACUUGACAAUGUUAUCGACAAUACUAUCGAGCUAUUUAUGCACAUUCCCAUGGGGAAGCAACUCGAUCGAUCUGUUGUACGCACUAAAAUCAAGCGAGUCUUGACUGUGUUUGACCACGAUGAGCAGCUAGAUCCAGACAACAAACUCAACCAGCUUCUAGCUAUUCGGUUAUUGGACCGUGUAAUAUAUGCCAUAUAUAACGAUAUCUAA